AAGUGGCUGGCUGGCUGGCUGGGCCUCGCGGCUGGGGCACUCCCACUCCUAUUAUUUCCAUCGGCCGCGGCACGGCAGAGGCGGCGCGCGGCCAGCGCAAUUCAGAUCCCUCCUCUCGCUCGCUCGCUCGCUUCCAACGCUCGCGAGCUCCCCGCGCCCGUUCCCGGCGGCCGAAGCGAAGUGGGCCCUUUUCCUGAUUUCCGGGCUCGCCUCCAGCGCUCGUGCGUGCGAUGCGGGCGGAUCGCGCGAUGGGGGAGGGGGGCAGCAGCCAGCGGAUCGACCUGGGCGCGCCGCUUCGCUCGGCGCGCGGGGGCGACGCGCCGCCGCGGUACAAGCCCGACCUCAACUCCGGGCCCGUGCGGCACCCGGGCGCCGUGCCCUUCGUCUGGGAGCAGCGCCCGGGCCAGCCCAAGAGCGUGCGCACCCGCCGCGCGGCGCCGCCGACGCCGCCGCGGCCGGAGGAGGUGGGCGGCGGGAGCCCCUACCACGAUGCCCUGGCGGACCUCGAUCUCCAGGCGCUCCACGGCGGCGCCGACCGCGCCCCCCGGGCUGUCGCUGUCGCCGCGUCGCGCAAGGUGGCGGCGGUGGAGGAGGUGGCGGUCGCGGCGGCGAGGAAGGAGGCGAAGAAGCAAGAGGCGGUCUCGGUGGCUGCGGUGCUACGGGGUGACGGUGAAGAGGAAGAGGAGAGGUUCUCCGACGCGCUCGACUCGCUCUCCCGCACGGAAUCCUUCGCCAUGAACUGCAGCGUCAGCGGCCUCAGCGGCGCGCCGGACCCCGGACCGGGCGCCGAGCCAUGCGCGCCGGGCUUCAUGAUGGACCGCUUCCUCCCGGCCGCGCAGGCUGUGGCCGUGGGUUCCCCGCAGUACACCUUCCGGAAGGCCGGCGCCGCCGGUGGCACGGGCAACUCUGGCCGCGACCACGCGCGUGCGGCUGUGGCGAAGGCAAGCGUGGGCAAUGGCGACGAUCGGAUGAGGAGAACGCCCGUGCAGCUCCCGUACCAGCACCUGCCGCCCAAUUACUUGUCCUGCGCCUAUCCCAGACGCGAGGAACAUGAGGAGGAGGACGAAGAGGAUGACGAUGACUACGACGUGCAUAGUACCCGGGGAUUUUCAGCCAAGGGCUGUGGUUUGCUCCCUGGCCUGUGUGUGAAAACCUCCUUGUUGCUCUUGAAUCCAAUGCCUGCAAUGAAGCGCGGCAAGGCGCAAGGGCGGGGUAGAGGCCGACUGUUUCCGUCCAAAGGCAGGGGCCAAAUGGCACAGAGUCCACUUGCGCGGAGCUCACAGAACAAGCAUCUAGGAUGUGAUUCCAACGGGCAAUCCUGGGAGGACGUGUAUAAGCACAAGUUGGAGCAGAAGUAUCUUGGUCAAGGAGAGGAUGGUAGUAGCAAGCUGACAAGUGAGUCGAAUCAGCUGACUUUCUGGAGCGAUUCACAGACUGUGGAUGGAUCUUCACCAUAUCACCGCUCCAUAGCUGGUGGCAUGUUGCCCUAUCGGAACUAUGCUGUGAUGUCACCAUCAAGUAGAGCAAAUGGGUCAUCUAGAAUAGGAGAUAGGGAUGAUAAGGCAAGUAGGAGCAAUGGUUCUGGUUCGCUUGAGAGAGACCAUGAUCGAACCUCGUUGGUUGGAUCAGAUCAUAGUAGUUUUAAGGGAUCAAGUUCCAUGAGCUCGGGACCAGAUGGAGCAGGGCAUGAAGAUUCAAUGGAUCACCAUGGAGAUACUGAUUCAGAAACAUGCCACUUGGGUGUGCUUGUGGAUACAAAGGUAGCUCUGAAUGCAAACAUGUAUGAUUCUCAGCCUGGUGGGCAACAGAUAGUUGGAAAGAACUCGAUUGUGAAAGAGCAAGUCAAUGAUCCAUUGACCGAAAAGAUCUCUGAAGUUAGAGAACCCAAAUUCCCACUGGAUGAUGGAAAAGAUUUGCUGCGUGAUGCUAAUCAGGAGUUUCUGCCACAUUUAGAAGAUAAUAAUGUUGCUAAAAAGGAAACCAUACCAUUGCAAUCUCUGCUCCCUUUACCAGUCCCGAAAUCACCUUCAGAAUCAUGGCUUUCUCGCACAUUGCCGUCCGUGACGAAUAAGCCACCUCUGCCAUCUUUUCUUGGAAUUCAAGUACACUCGAAGAAACAAGCUCCCUGGGCCACAGGGCAUCCAAAGGAGAAUGAUCAUAAACCUUCCAAACCACGGCAAAUAAGAUUUGCAGAUGUGGUAGAAAAGCCAAUUUCAAUGGGCUCGGAGAUAUGAUGUCUUCGCUUAAGGCCAGUAUUUAUCCGUUCAUGACAUUGAUGCCUUGAAGGCCAUCAGGUUCAUAUACUUCACCAGCACUCAACGGCUCGCAAGAUGCACCUCCUCUUUUUGCUGAUGCGGUCACUUGAAGCAGCUGCUGGUUGCCAUGUUCUUGGCAAUUGGAAUUCACAUGCCAUGCUUGGUAAACUGUGUUCGGUAUGUUUCUCAUGGUAAGUCUGGUGGUGUUUCCGAUUUGAUGUAAAUCUUAUAUUUAUACAGGAUGACUUCUGCUUGGUUUUUACUGUCCAUAGUGAAAUCAUGUAAUAGUACUCAAACCAAUGAAAAAGGUUGAGUUGAUUGCAAAAUGUAAUUGCAUCAGAUGUAUCAUAGAAUAAAAUAUCAAAACAGGUCGGGCUUCCAUUCCUGAAAUAUUUUCCAUGCAUAACUGUAUCUCC